AUGUCAUCUCUCCCAUCUCAAGGGAUUAACACUCCUUUAAACGCCGAUUUCCUCCACAAGCACAAGCUCCGGUUCGAGUUCGCCCAGUCUCAUAAAGGCGAGGAGUACCCCUCAACCAAGCAUCUUCGUGCCGAGCUUCCUCAACUCUUCAAGGUUCGGGGACACCACUGGACAGAGGGGCCAAUGUUCUCGUUCCCCCUUUCCCCCGCCUACGCCCCCUGCACAACCCCGUUAGAGCACCUCACCAAAACCAUGGUCGAUUACUUGAAGCGCGAAACCCACCACCGCGGGCAGUACAUUCUUCUACGGACACUGACACCGACCGACUUCCGCGUCGUUGUGGGAGCUGUCACGGAAGACGAGGCGGGGAAUGUGAUUAUGCUGCAGCUGCAUAACCAGGGGACUGGAGUCUUCGCUCGUGGGGGAUUAUCUGAAGGGACGGUGCUGGUGGUGGUUGAACCGUAUCUGCAUAUUCCUGGUGUCAGCCCUUGUGCGAUCCGCGUGGACCAUCCUUCUGACCUGCGCGUUCUGUCUGAUUGGGACAUCAUGGUGCCGGUGCAGUGGCGCCGACAGUUGGUCGGGCCCGAGUUGGGUGCCAUGCAGUGGAAGGCGAAGGGAAAUGAUGCCUUCAAUGCCGGGAAAUAUCGUCGUGCGAUCGAUUGCUACACUCAGGCUCUAUCCUCCUCAUCCACACCGGACGAGGCCCUGACCAUCACCAUCAAGCUCAACCGCGCUCUGACCUUCCUCCGAUCCCAUCAGUUUGACGCCGCCCUUCGCGAUCUCGAACCACUCCCCCAGUCCUCGGAGAAAGCCCUCUUCCGCAAAGCCCAAGCGUUGGUGCUUGAGAAGGCAUUCCCCGGGAAUCGCCUCGCGCAGAGCGAGUUCGCGCGCGCCAAGGCCCGGCUCGCAGAGCAGCGGACGGGGGUGUUUCCCUUCAAGGAGAUGCAGCGCGCGGCCACGAGGCGCUCCCCACCGCUGCUGGACCGCGCCAUCUACGUCGGCCCUGUCGCAGUGCGCCCGACACAUACCAUUCUGCUAUGCGCUACCCCGAGAGUAAAUGACCCAACACAAACUAUACUAAAUCCACCACCACCCCUUCCCAUCCCCAGCCCUAACCCUUCCUCCCUCAUCGCCCCCAGACCAACCGCGCAUAACAACCCCCUCCACCACUAA